CAAAGCUGAAAUUCAUUAGCAGCAAAUUUAUCAUGAUACGGUGAAGGACGGUUCAUGAUGUUUUAAGAAUAGAUCAAAGAAAUGAUUCUGGGGUUUGCUCGAAAGAUGCCAUCGCGAUCGAGGUGUAUCCAGACAACUUCGUGGUCCUUCCAAACUCUGGAUCAUGUCAUCAGCUCCCCGGCCAAUUACAUGUGGAACAGGAGAAGCUAAGCAGAGGUGAUUGCACAGCCUGAAAGCCCAAAACAGAAAUUGCCUCUAAAUUGAAACCGAGUGUACGUAUGACUCUGUGUCUCACCUCAUCAUCGUGGUCGUAUCAAUAGGCCCCAUUGACCGUUGUUGGAAGACGUUUUGACUGACAACGCAAAGUCAAAACACAAAGAUUUCACAAAACCAGACAGUUGAAAGAAGACAGACCCCAACAUCUAAAUUUAGGCAGACAAUUUGUCUCCAAGAAAUUCGGAUCUUCCUAUGGUUUUUAGUUGCUUCUUCCUCCUCUCCCACCAAAGGAACAGUGGCAUCCAUUUCAUGCCAUUCAAUCAUUUCUUUCUUCUACACACAGACACAGACUUCUCUCUUCCCUUUUAUGCCUUAAACAGCAAAUCAACCCUUUCUCUCCUCACAACAUCUUCCUUCUCCUCCAUUCUUUCCUCUUCCUCUUCUCUCUCUCUCUCUCUCUCUGCCCCCCUCCCUCUCUUGACCCUCUUCGGGCUUAAACAUGACCGCAUAUUAGACUUCGACUUGUACCAAGUUCGGCCGAGUAUUAUCUGGAGGAGAUAAUUUGGUGAUCGGGCGAGCUCACAUUGGUGAUUCGGUGCCUUCCGUGCAGGUUUCCCUCUACAUGUGAUGGUUCCGGUGAUAACAGGAUAGGACAUGCUGAGACGACCAGGUCCCGAAUAAAAAAGAGAGAAGGGGCUCACAGGAUACUCGUUAACAGUCAAAAUGACGACGAAAAUGAAGGGCCUCCUCAAGGGCCUGAGGUACAUUUCUCAGAUAUUUGAUGAUGAGAAAGAACCGGAAAUGGUCAUUGGAUUCCCGACGGAUGUAAAGCACGUUGCCCACAUUGGCAUGGAUGGCCCUUCCAAUGCUCCACCUAGCUGGAUGAAUGAGUUCAAGCAGCCGGGUACGGAAGGAGAUCAUAAAGAGGAUCCAGAUUCCAGCCAUAAAGUAUCCGAAAGCGGUUCUGUUCAUAAAGAAGGGUCAAGCAGAAGAGGGGCAAAAGCGCACAAUUGCCACGGCUCUCCGGCCAGAGACCUGCCGGAGGUGCCAAAACCAUCCCGUCGCCAUUCAUCGACAUCAACUGGUAACGAGUCCCCCACAAAGGCCAAGUCUGAGAAGCACCGCCAUUCACGCCGUGCCUCAAAGGGCUCCCCGGGAAGGGACUUUCUCGACUCCGGCCGCCUGCCCUCGGAUGCGGAAUCCGAAUCUGGCCUUGACUCCCCAAGGAAGCUGCCAGACAUCCCAAAAAAGUCAAGGAGAAAGAAGUCCAAGGACUCCGGUGGGUCGGUCCGAAGAUCGAAGGCCACAGCCCAAGCUUCUCCCCUAUCGGAGGAGCUAGGCUCAGCACCUCGGCAUCACAGUUCGAGCAGCAUAAAGUCCGUGGAGGAAGGGGACAACGAGAAGGGGCCCGGCGCAGUUUCGUAAUUGCCUAUAUAUACCUUUGGGUUUGCUAAUUUUCCCAGUAGGGGCCCCCUGUUAGAGUCUUGCUUUGGGGAGAGAGAGAGCGACAGACAAGAAAGAGAGAAGAGGGGGAAGGGUUUUGUUGCUUCAAAAUUUCAGACAUCAGAACAGAAUACUAUGAAUGUCAUGACAUAUUCUUA